AAUCAUUGUUCUAGAUAUUUCUCUGUAACACGUCGUUCUCUCUCCUAGGGUUUGUCUUGAUUUCCUUCGUUUGUAAAGAUCUAGUGUUUAGAUCUUGUAUCGUGAGUCAAGUUGUAUAUCAGAUCAUCAAGUUGAUGAUCUGUAUGUGUUAGGAGUGUAAGAGUGUGUGAGUUUGUUAUGUUCGUGAUUGUUUCAGUGUUCAAGUGUUUUAAUAAGAGUUUUGGUUGCUGAUUUCAUGUCUUUUGACAUGGUAUCAGAGCUCUGAUACGUUCUUUGAGUUGUUCGCUUCCGUUAUUAGUCUCUGAUUCUUGAUUCGCUGGUUAGGGUUUCAUAGAGUUUUGGGGUUUUUUCAUCUUCUUGUUGUAAGAUCGGUGGUUUUAUGGGUUAUUCUGAACAGAUCUGAAGAGUUGCUGGUUCUGGAUCUGGUCAUCUUGAGUUUGAUUUGUGAAGAUUUCGGUUGAUUAUUGUUAAGAUUCUUGGAAUCUUGGUAACUUCAAAUCUGUUAGUUCUAGAUCUAUUGUUCAAGAUAAGACUGCUCAGACCUGUGAAGACUUCAACUGCUCUGAUUGACUGAAGAAGGUGUUAUUGGUCUUGGUGAACUGUUUUUGCCGACUUUGGUUUUGCAGUGUAGGGUGUCUUUUUUGGUUGUUGAUCUUUAACUGAUAUCUGUUUGUCUAUUGUGUGUGACUGAAUUAAUAAUGGCAGAUCUUAUGAACUUGUUUGGUGAAACUUUAAUAAGUAAACUAGAACCAGAUAAUCCUUUGUAUUUGCAUGCUAGUGAUUCUACAAGUUUAACUGUGGUGAAUAUAAAGCUUAAAGGAACUGAAAAUUAUACUGUAUGGGCUAAUGCAAUGAGUUUGGCUUUGAGGGUUAAAAAUAAAACUGGUUUUAUUGAUGGAACUUUUUUAAAACCUGGUGAUAAUGAAAUUCUUGGUUCACAAUGGGAAAGAUGCAAUUCGGUUGUUUUAGCUUGGAUUUUAAAUUCAGUUUCUGAAGAGCUUUAUUUGGGUCAUGUGUAUUCGAAAUCUGCUGCUGAGGUUUGGAAAGAGUUGAGAGAUACUUACGAUAAAGUAGAUGGGUCUGUAGUAUUUGAUUUAUAUCAAAAGAUUAAUUCAUUUUCUCAAAAUGGCUCGUCGGUUGCUGAGUAUUAUCAUAAGUUGAACAUUAUGUGGAAACAAUUAGACCAGAUUUUGCAAAUACCUACUUGUACUUGUAAUGCAUCCAAUCAGUAUAAUAACUUUAAUCACCUUGUUAAACUAAUGCAAUUUUUAAUGGGGUUGGAUAGUGUGUAUCAGCCUGUUAGGUCUAGUUUGCUGAUUAGAGAGCCUUUACCUACUAUAAAAGAGGCUUUCUCGAUUAUAUCCAGGGAAGAAUCUCACAGGAACUCUAAUGGUUUUGUGUCUAAAGAGCAGAAUGUUGGUUUUAUAUCUAAAAUUAAUUCUGUUACUGAUAAUAAAAAGAAGUUUUCUAAGAACAUAAAUCAGAAUGUCAAGUGUACUCAUUGUAAUAAACUGGGUCAUUCAAUUGAGAAAUGUUUUGAACUCAUUGGAUAUCCUCCCUGGAUGAAAUCAAAGUCUAGUCAAGGGUUUAAAAAACAGGCUGUUAGCAAUAAUGUUGUUAAUAGUGGUGUUUCUGAUGUUAGUAAGUCUGAUGCUGCUAGUUUAACUCCUGAUCAGGUGUCGAAGUUGUUAGGUCUGUUAAAUCUGAAAUCUGGUGAGAAUACUGUUAGCAGUAAUAUGUCAGGAUUCGUUAACAAAGAAAAUCCUGGUGACUGGUAGUCAACAUGAGGGGUUAUAUUUCUGUGGUGAGUCUUCUGUUGUGUCAUGUUUUAGUUCAGAUAGUGUAGAUUUGAUUAACUUGUGGCAUGCUAGACUGGGUUACCCCUCUGAAAU